CUUCAAUCACUGACUGCAGUCCUACCGAGCAGAUAUAGUUGGCUGAUGUAGACAGCUAAUUAAAGCUGGUGUUUUAAACGGUUAAGAUCAGGCCAGAAAGCAAAGACUGAGAGGAUGUUUGAAAACUUCAGAGAAAGACUUCACAUGGUCCAGCAGGAUUUCACAACGGGGUUUAAAACUCUUGGAGACAAAUCAAAAGAAACCAAAAUCAGGAGGAAGCCCAGGUUUGAAGAAAGCCUUCCUUACUUCAGCGCUGGACUGGAAAUCCUCAACAGGUAUGAGGAGAGUUGGUUUCUCCUCCAUAAAAGAACUAAAGACUAUGCUCAGGCUGCAGAGGCAGUAGAUGGAGACAUGGUGAUGCUCUCAGCACACUGGGAGAGAAGAAGAACAGCCCUGGCACAACUACAGGAACAGCUGCAGAGCUUGCCAGCUUUUAUCUGUGAACUUGAUGCCGUCACUGCAUCUAUAGCUCAUUUGGAAGGUGACUUUGAGGAGAUGGAGAGCAGACUGGUAUUCUUGGAGACUCUGUGUUGUCAGUGUGAACAACAGACAUUCAAACAACAUCAUAUCAACCAACUAGAAGUCUAUAAGAAAAAGAAGAGGAAGGACACUGAGGCACUGGAAGUGGAACUGAACUCUGAGCAUGCUCAGAAGCAGAGCUGACAGACCAUGCAGAGCGAGCAGACAAAGCAGCAGAAACUAAGAGAACGACAGAAAGUCUAUGAAGAAGCCUUUAACCAAGACAUGGAACAAUACCUGUCCACUGGACACCUACAACACAGAGAGCUAACAGGAGCUGAUGUGUGUGUCUUGGACCAGAUGACAGUAACUAACAUAUCAGACCAGGAGGCUUUGGAUGACUUCCUCAACUCCACUGGUGAUGACAUCAGUGCUGUAUCAUCACUGACCUCAGGUCCAGACCUCGUGUCCUCCUCUGAAUCUCUGAGGAGCCCGAUGAACCAAGACCCUCUGACAAGCAACCAACUUUCCAACCAGGACAUGGCAUGGGUGCAAGAAGAGGAAGUGGCCAGUGAGGAGAGUGAUGAGCCCCUGGUGCAGUCAGACGAGGAGGACAUUCAACCAGAUAUGUUACUGAUUGGCCAGCAGCAUGUUUGCCCGAUGAGGGGUUCUGAUGAGAGUGACUCUACAGGGGACCUGCCCUCUGGGUAACUUAGCAACCAGGCCCUUGAAACACCAUGAAUAUUAGCUAAACACCGACUACUGUUACCCCUCAACAACACCCAUCUGCUGCCCUCUGCUCCCCUCUCCAGCCAACAUGACUCAGUACUUCUGUGCUUCUUUCCUCCGAGUCUGGUUAAAAAAAACACAACAGCUUCUUUGUCAUUUGAACACAAAUGCUGAAUUUCCAUAAGAUUGAGAUAUGUUACUUCACUGUCUACCCAAAUUAAAUUGAGUAUUCUGUCCAUGUUCAAUUAUAGAAAACCCUCUCUAUGCAGAAAGAGACAAAUCAAAGCUAAAUAAAGUGAGUUUGUGUGAAUAAGUUAUUUCAAUCAUUUAAGGUCUAAAUCAGCUUUUAACAGUGUUGCAUUGACAAGCUACAGUAACUACUAACCUCUUUAGGUAGAGAUAAGUCUACUUUGAGUUGUGCACUGUAAUAAAUCCUGUGUUUAAUUUCUGGCUAUUAAAGUGAGACUAUGUAACUUUUGCUGAGCAGCAGUAACAGCAACCUCUGCUGCCACCAGUGGUAAUUACUGGAUGCUGGUACAUUUAAUUCUGCUGAUGCCUGAGAGCAAAGAGUAGUGCACUAUUUUAAUGGGAGGAAACUCAGCCAUGACAUCAGUCAGUUACCCAGCAUGCAGCUAAUGUGUCCCACUACAAUAAAUACAGUCUGAUAGAUGGUUAGUAUGUAUUAUCUCUUUUGAUAAUGAUGUAAGUAACAUACUGGUGCGCUAAUAAGCUAACAAGCAAUUGUCAUACACAGAGAGUCUGAUAAAUACACACAAACAGUUAGGAUACAUCUAGCAUUGAAUGCAGAAAGUGGAAAAUGUUACAAAAAUAAAUCUGGUUAUGAGAGAGCUUGUGCAAUUUUAUCUCUGCCUCCACUAAAUAAAACUAACAUUAUGGUACUUUACAGCAGUCACUCUGCCAACAGUAAAGUCAGGAUAUUGAAUCAGUGAUGAAAGAAAAAUGUAAUUACACCAAACUGCCACUUUAGUAUAGUUACCCAUGCAUAAUAGUAUAGUAAGCAGUGAAGAGGAAUCUGUUUUUUUCAUGUACGGUUAGAGGAUGAAAUACAGGAAGGUCAGUCUAUAAGUAAUCUAUAAGAGACAG